AUGAGUAACUAUACUGGUAAUAUUCAAUCGAAUGCAAUAUAUCGUACUAAGUUUAUUCUAUUACUUUUAUUCAGUAUACCAUCAGUAAUAUGUGCACUUUAUGUAGUCUAUAAUGUUGUAAAACUCAGAUCAUUUCGUAGACGUUUUCAAAAUCAAAUAUUAAUUAUUCUUGUUUUUAUUAUAUUAUUUAACAUAGUUUUUAAUAUUCCAACAUCAUUCAGUUUUUUUGUUCGUGGUACUGUUGCAAUACAUACCGAAUUUUUCUGUCGUUUUUGGCAGUCGAUCGAUUAUUUUCUUACGGCUUGUGUUAUUUGGUGUACGGCAAUAUUUACUAUUCAACGAUAUAUUUUUGUAUUUUAUCCAAUUUAUAUUCGUUCUAAACGACAAAAAUUAAUUUUUCAUUAUGUACCACUUGUAUUAAUAAAUAUAUAUUUAUUUUUAUUCUAUGUAUUAACGAUUUCCAUCGAUAUAUGUCAUCAUGGCGAGCAUCGCGAGAUAAAAUAUGAUAAAUUUUUAUGUGGUGAGAAUUGUCUUGAUCGAGAAGGUGGUAUAUCAAUGUUUAAUUGGCUAUUUAAUAUAUUAUUUCCAGUAUUUAUUGUUAUACUUGGAUCACUUAUGCUAUUGAUACGUGUUCUAUGGACACGACGAAUGAUGCAAAGAAAUUUAAGAAAUUGGUCAAAAAAUUGGAAAAUGAUUACACAACUUUUAGGAAUUGCUUUGAUAUAUACACUAGUUUGGAUACCUCUUAUAAUUAUUUCUUUUAUUCUAAUAGUUAAUGAAAAUCAUGCUUUUAGUAAAUCUGUCGAAGAUUAUUUAUAUUUUAUAACUUAUCUAUGUGAACUAUGCGUACCUAUUGUAGUUUUAUUGCUUUCGUCUGAACUUAUACAAAGCUUGAAUCGACGUAUAUGGCCAAAUUUUAACAGUAUGCAAUCUGUAACGAUUGGACCGUAUUCAACAAAUGUUGAAUAA